AUGGCGUCUCGGAGGAUGGUUUCGAUCACCUUCCUGACCUGUGAGAAUAAAUUUCAUCUACUCCAGGUGCCUUGCCAGGCUUCAACUUCGUUGAGAACGUUCUCCGCUGUCACCUCUACAUCUCUGAGCAUGUCGUCGUUCGGUCCGGCAAACAUCCUCUUGGGUUUUGUUGCUGACAAGCAAAACAGCACCAUUCUAACUGAAGAGAAAGACAUCAAAGACAGAUGGCAGCAGUAUUGUGAGAGGCUUUAUGCUUCCCAAGAAGAAGUGACUGACCAAGAAAAUGAUCACCAGCUUGAAUAUGAAGAAGAUCCAGAUAUUCUCCUUAGUGAAGUUGAACAAGCUAUUAAGAGAAUGAGGAGUGGCAAGUCACCAGGAUUUGAUAACAUCCAGGCAGAAUUACUGAAAGAAAGUGGUACAGAAGGAGUUGAAGUUAUUUACAGACUGUGCUGCAAGAUAUGGAAGAUAAAAGAGUGGCCAGAGGACUGGAAAAAGGCAGUUUUUCUUCCAUUACCCAAAAAGGGAGAUACAAGGGAGUGUGGCAAUAACUGCACAAUCUCACUGAUUUCACAUGCUAGUAAGGUGAUGCUUCACAUAAUCGCUGAGAGAAUCAGACUCAAACUGGAGAAUUAUUCAAAGGCAUUUGAUUGCGUCCAACAUCAGAAGCUAUGGAACAUCAUGAGAAAGAUGGGAUUCUCAACACAUCUGACUGCACUGAUCAGAGCACUGUACCAAGGACAGGAAGCCACAGUAAGAACAGAGUGUGGAGACAGUGGAUGGUUCUCAAUCGGUCAAGGAUGCAUACUUUCACCCUUUCUGUUCAACAUUUACGCUGAAUACAUUAUGCGGAAAGCCUUGGAUGGCUUUGCAGGAGGGGUCUCAAUUGGAGGUCGACAACUCACCAAUUUAAGAUAUGCAGAUGACACCACCUUGAUAGCAAGAACAGCAGCAGAACUUCAACACCUGAUUGAUAAAGUCAAGUACACCAGCGAAGAUUUUGGGUUGUUUCUCAAUAUAUAG